AGGAAAAGAGAAACUAAAAAUUGAAAGGAACAGAUCUGUUUUUUUUAUUCUUCUUUGGUUGAUUCUAUAGGGUUCUCUUGGUCUGAGUUUGGGGUGUUGCUGGAAACAGCAGCAAGAAGAGGAUGAUCGCUAAGCUUCCAGAAUUCACCGAGCAAGAUUGUGCAUUUUUUUGGGUUUUCAUCUUAAGUAUUUUCCUGCAACAGAGGAGUCCUUUUGGGAGGCAGUGAAGGGGAUGAUCUGGACUUGAUCUCAUGGGAGGGAUCCGCCAGAUCGAACUUCGAUCUGUUACCCAGAAAGCUCCACCGUGUUUGUUUCUUUUGUCCUCUUGUUUCUGUUUUCUACUUUCAUGAUGUUAAGUUGUAUAUGUUUAUCUGAAAAUGAAUGAGAAUCUAAGUU